AUGAUAUCAAAAUCAAUUACUUCUACCACAUCAAAAGAUUCCAAGAUCCCUACCCCUUCAUCCCCCAACACAACUACAAAAAGUUACAGUCCAUCAUCGCCUGUUAUAAGUAAAGUCACUACAGAAGAAUCUUCAAAACUACCAACCUCCCCCUCAUCAAGUAAUAAAACUAUUUCAUUUUCAGCGCCCACUUCCACAACUAAAAGUACUAAAUCAAAAUCAAAAAAAGUUAUUCAACCUCAAGGACAUACUAAGACAACAAUCAAAAAAACUAAUAAUGACGACAAUAAUAAAUUAGCAAAAGGUGGCGAUGAUACAAAGGUCACAAGAACAGUAGUAACAGGAGAUGAUGAUGACACAACAAUCAGUGGUGGAUCAAGAAUUACAAGGACUGUAAUAGUAGAAGGUGAUGACGAUGACGAUGACGUUACAACUAGCGGAACAAGAACUUCCAAAACUAUCAGAAGAGUAGUAGUAGAAGGUGAUAACGAUAACGAUGACGUUACAACUAGCGGAACAAGAACUUCCAAGACUAUCAGAAGAGUAGUAGUAGAAGGUGAUGACGAUGAUAUAACUAGUGGUGGAUCAAGGAUUACAAGAACUAUAAUAGUAGAAGGUGAUUCUGAUAACGAUGACGUUACAACUAGCGGAACAAGAACUUCCAAGACUAUCAGAAGAGUAGCAGCAGAAGAUGAUGACGAUGAUAUAACUAGUGGUAGAUCAAGGAUUACAAGAACUGUAAUAGUAGAAGGUGAUUCUGAUAACGAUGAUGUUACAACUAGUGGAUCAAGAACUUCCAAAACUAUCAGAAAAGUAAUAGUAGAAGGUGAUGACGAUGAUACAACUAGUGGUGGAUCAAGAACUUCAAGAACCAUAAGAAAGGUAAUAGUGGAAGGUGAUGAUGAUGGUAAUAUUGAUUACGAUGAAACUAGUGUAAUAGUAGAAGGUGAUGAUGACGAUAAUAUUGAUAUUAGUGGUGGAUCAAGGACUUCGAAAACCAUAAGAAAGGUAAUAGUAGAAGGCGAUGAUGAUGGUAAUAUUGAUUACGAUGAAACUAGUGGUGGAUCAAGGACUUCAAAAACCAUAAGAAAGGUAAUAGUAGAAGGUGAUGAUGAUGGUAAUAUUGAUUAUGAUAAUAUUACAACUAGUGGUGGAUCGAGAACUACGAGAACUGUAGUAGUAGAAGGUGAUGACGACAAUACAACUAGUGGAAGAUCAAGAACCAUAAGAAAAGUAAAAGUGGAAGGUGAUGAUGAUGGUAAUAUUGAUUACGAUGAAACUAGUGGUGGAUCAAGGACUUCAAAAACCAUAAGAAAGGUAAUAGUAGAAGGUAAUGAUGAUGGUAAUAUUGAUUAUGAUAAUAUUACAACUAGUGGUGGAUCAAGAACUUCAAAAACUACAAGAACUGUAAUAGUGGAAGGUGAUGAUGAUGGUAAUAUUGAUUAUGAUAAUAUUACAACUAGUGGUGGAUCGAGAACUAUGAGAACUGUAGUACUAGAAGGUGAUGACGACAAUACAACUAGUGGCGGAUCAAGAACCACAAGAACUGUAGUAGUAGAAGGUGAUGAUGACGGUAAUACAAAUAGUGGUGGAUCAAGAACUUCAAAAACUAUAAAAACUGUAACAGUAGGUGAUGACGACAAUAUCGAUUACGAUGAUAUUACAAAUAGCGGUGGAUCAAGAACAUCUAAAACCAUAAGAACUUUUACUAGUAGUAGUGAAGGUGGACCAACAAUAGAUCAGUCUGAUGAAGAUGAAUUUUUUGAAUCCAGUACCACCACCACAACAACAGAUAGUGAUGGAACCAAAACUAUUAAAACCACAAAAUCUUAUAAAUAA